UUCAGAGGAUAACAUUGCGCAACUUCAUAGCUCCUUCUACUUCACAGAGGCGCGCGUUUUCCAGACAGAAGUCAUCGGAGGAGAAGAAGGAAAACAUGUCGUGCGCCAAGAUCGUGUCAGCGCUCACCAGAGCUAACAAUGUAUCCAGCAAAAUUCGCAUUUGUUCUCGGAGAUGCAGGUCCACAGUGGCGUCCACGAAGAGCCAGCAGCUGGAGAAAGAGCAGGACGAAUGUGCCGUGGUGGAGGCUGAGCCCGUGGAACUCAUCAGCCAGGGCAGAAAUACACCAAAAAAUGGACACAAUCUGAGCAAAAUCGACAUUGACUUCAACAAUACAGAAGAAGCUUAUAAAAGUAAGGACAACAUUGAGCUGCUGAGGAGCCUCUUGGUCUUCAAGCUUUGCACCAUAGAUCUGCUUGUGGAGAAGAACAAGGAGUUAAUGGAGCUGAGCAAGAAGCUGCUGGGUCAAAGGGUGUUUGAGAAGCUGAUGAAGAUGACCUUCUACGGGCAGUUUGUGGCCGGGGAAGACCACAACGCCAUCAAACCCCUCAUACAGAAGAACCAGGCCUUUGGCGUUGGCGCUGUGCUGGACUACAGCGUGGAAGAGGACUUGACCCAAGAGGAGGCCGAGAGGAAAGAGAUGGAUUCAUGUGUGUCUCAAGCAGAGAAAGAAAGUACAGAUGCUCAACACCGUGAGAAGAAGUACAAGGCUCAUCGGCAGUUUGGGGACAGACGCGGGGGUGUCAUCAGCGCCCGCACGUAUUUCUACGCCAAUGAGGUCAAAUGUGACAACCAAAUGGAAACAUUCAUCAACUGCAUCAAAGCCUCUGGCGGCGCUUCUGCAGAUGGCUUUUCGGCCAUCAAAAUGACAGCCUUGGGACGCCCACAGUUCCUUCUCCAGUUUUCUGAGGUCUUGGUCAAAUGGAAGCAGUUCUUUAAAUUCCUGGCAGCCCAACAAGGCAAAUCAGAAAUGACGGCAUUAGAGCAAAAACUGGAGCCGGACCAACUCAAGGAAAGUUUGACCAGACUGGGUGUUGCUGCUGAGGAUGACAUUGAAAACUGGUUCACUGGGGAGAAGCUGGGUCUGUCCGGAACCAUAGAUAUGCUGGACUGGAACAGUUUGAUAAAUGACACAACCAAUAUCUCCAAUCUUCUUAUGGUGCCAAACCUUGAGACGGGCAAACUGGAACCUCUGCUGAGCACAUUUACAGCAGAAGAAGAGCGUCAAAUGAAGCGAAUGCUGCAAAGAGUGGACAUUCUAGCUAACUACGCCUUGGAGAACGGCGUGCGACUCAUGGUGGACGCUGAGCAGACGUACUUCCAGCCAGCUAUCAGUCGUCUGACGCUGGAAAUGCAGAGGAAGUUCAACAGAGAGAAGCCAAUCAUAUUCAACACCUAUCAAUGCUACCUGAAGGAGGCCUAUGACAACGUGACAGUGGAUGUGGAGCUGUCACGCAGGGAGGGCUGGUACUUCGGUGCCAAGCUAGUCCGCGGCGCCUACAUGUACCAAGAAAGGGCCAGAGCUGAGGAGAUCGGCUACGAGGACCCGAUUAACCCGGACUAUGAAGCCACCAACAGGAUGUACCACAAAUGCUUAACGUACUUGCUGGAGGACAUCGAACACAGCCGGAAAGCAAACAUUAUGGUUGCAACUCAUAAUGAGGACACAGUGAAAUUCACUUUGGAAAUGAUGAACAAGAUGGGCCUUUCACCCACUGAGAAUAAAGUCUACUUUGGACAGCUGCUUGGCAUGUGUGACCAGAUCAGCUUCCCGCUAGGUCAAGCGGGUUUCCCGGUCUACAAGUACGUCCCGUACGGCCCGGUCAAUGAGGUCAUCCCCUAUUUAUCCCGCCGUGCUCAGGAGAACCGCGGCUUCAUGAAGGGCUCGCAGAGAGAGCGCAGCCUGCUGUGGAAGGAGCUGAAACGCAGGCUGCUGGGGGGGCAGAUCCUCUACCGCCCCAUCUACUGAGUCACAUGAUGGCCUCAGGCACUUAUUACACUGUUAACUCUAUUUUUUUAGAGUCGGAUUAACGUUGGUUUUUUUCACUUGAAUUAUGAUAUAACACUAAUUGUAGGUAGUAUUUUAUAAGGGUAAUACGCUGUUUAGAUGUUAAUUUGUAAAUAUUUAAGACAGAAUAAUGCUAUAAGGCAUUAGCAAGAACAGCUAGCGCUAGCCACUCAUUUACACUAUUAAGUCUUUAUAAACAGAUAACUAAUGCCCUUAUUAGGUAUAUGAAAUCAUUUAAGUUAAAUACAAGUACCAGUGAUAUGAUUAAUAAGGAGCUACUUACAUAACAUACAUAAAAUGUUCCAUUAAAUGAUGGUAUUUGUAUAAUGGUAGCAAGACAGGUUUAAAACACUGUCAAUGAAAGCAUAUAAGGGAGACGUCGCUGUCUAAUUAACUGGUAAGUUCUUUUUCAUAAACUUAAUAAGUUAAGGUGUACUCUUAUCUUGCACAGAGCUGUCACUCCAAAGUGCCUUAGAAGAUUCUUUUUCGUGAUUUAUGAGAGACAGUCAGCCAUUACCUGCAACUGGUUUGUUUUGUAUUGUAGCCUAGCACUGUAAUUAUUGGGAUUUCAAUUGUACAGAGACAUGGCAAAUGUUCUUUAUCACCAUCAACAAUAUAUGUAUUUUUUCUGGA